CUCAGAAAGACGCCGAUUAAAAAUUCAUAAGUGAGACGCAUCUGCAUAAUUUUAAAAUUGAUGACUCUGCUGGGAAAGAUCAAUAGAUUAAAAGCGACAGGCCAUUGGCCCGUUGGUCGAUAAAAGCUGUUCAACACAAAGGACCGGCUCAGUUUGGGUUGUCUCGCAUAAGACAUCUGAACACGUGCAAAAAUCAUACAAAAUAAAACCGAUAAAUAAAUGCAAAUACACAAGUCUGAUUGAAAAACCUAUUAUCAAGUCACUUAAGCACCGCCGAAUUCAUUCUCGACUGGGUAUUUUUCCCAUUUUUAAAGGAUUGUCGGAUAAUUCUUCAGUGGUAACACGAGAAACUGAAUUUCGAUUUUUUUUAACUACUGUUCGGCGAAAAGAUCCUUCAUUCGGCAACAAUGGAGAACCAGGAAAACAAGAGCAUUUCAUCGAAAAUAUUUCACGCAUUUUCCAGGAAGGAUCGUCGAAAAUAUGUUAUUUAUUUUCUCGUUGCGACCAUGCUGUGGCUCCUCGGGUCUUGGAAUAUAAGCUUUGCAUGGAUUAUUUUGUUUCUAGCCAUCUGCGUACUUGGGGAAUAUCACUCGGAAGUUAACAAAAGGAAGCGAAGAAACUUACGCGAAACGUCCUACGAACCGAACCUCUCCAAGAUCAAAACAUUUCCUAUACCACCCGUCUAUUUGUCAGAGAGCGAAAACGCAAUGUGGCUGAAUAAUAUUAUUAACAGAAUGUGGCCAUUCAUCGAGGGUAUGGCUAGAAAGAUCAUUAAAGACAGUGUCGAGCCAGAGAUUCAAAAGAAGCUUCCCGCAGUCUUAAAGACCCUUUACUUCGACAAGAUCGAGUUGGGUCAAAAACCUCCGUUUAUUGGUAAUAUAAGAUCGUAUUCUAGAGGCAGUUGUUCCGCGCGAGCUUCAGAAUUCAUAAUGGACGUGGAUUUGACUUAUAAUGGGGACGCGCAGCUGAAACUUACAGUGAAAAACGUCAAUCUGGGGAUUUCAGACUUUCAAAUUCACGGACCGCUUCGAAUUAUUCUAAAGCCUCUCUUGACGGAUCAGUCUAUCGUUGGAGGAGUAACUCUGUUUUUUCUGAAGAGGCCUAAGAUCGCGUUUAAUUUGACAAACUUGUUAAAUGUAUUGGAUUUUCCCGGAUUGAAGAAAACCUUGCGAGGCAUUGUGGAUGACGUCAUUGCCAGCUUCGCGGUUAUACCCAAUCGGAUCGCAAUUCCCUUGGCGGCGAGCGUGGAUCCCAGCGACCUGCGGUAUCCAAUCCCCGAGGGUUUACUGCGCGUCCAAAUGUUGGAAGCCCGGGAACUGGUGAAAUCAGAUUUUUCGCUUAUUGGCAAGGCUGCUCCAGACCCGUACGCCAUCUUGGAAGUUGGCGCUCAAACAUUUCGUACCGAGACGAAGAAAAACGAUUCAAAUCCCACUUGGGAAGAAACUUUCGAGGCAUUUGUGGACAAUUCUGAGGGGCAAGAACUUGAAGUCUAUCUCUACGACCACGAUCUUGCCUCGAAAGAUUCUAAACUUGGUCAAGUAGAUUUUAAAAUUCACUCUGUUGUCGAAGGCGGCGGUCAAGAUGUCUGGUUGCCCUUAGAAAAAGCCAAGCAAGGCAAGGUCCACUUGCAGUUGGAUUGGUUUGCUCUCAGCAGUGACCCACUACAUUUUAGAUAUACCAAAGAAAACGAAACCGUUGCCGUAUUGAUUGUGAAAUUGAUCAAAGCGCAAAAUCUCCCGCGUCGCACGAGGUCUGUGUUAGCGAGGAAGAUCUUCUGUAGGAUAUCCGUGGGGAAUACCACGUUAGAUAGCUUUUGCUCCCACGGAGAAGACACGGAAUGGGGACAAUCCUUACGAUUCUUACUAACCGAUCCCCAUGAGGAAGCUCACAUCGAGGUGAUGGAAGGAAACGGCAGCAACAGCCUAGGGUCCAUGGUGUUCACUGUUCGAAAGCUGAUAGAAGAACCGGAAAUGACCCUUCAAGACUGCUUCCGGCUGCAAAGCGGAACCGGAAGUAUUGAAUGCAAGUUCACCCUCCGCGCACUGAAAGCUAUGGAUACCUGUGGCGCGCCAACGCCCUUGCUGAUGGGCAGGAAGUUCAACGCUUGCCUUGACAACGGAAACUGCCUUCAGCGAGCGGACACGCCUACAUUUGCAGCAGAAGUUGAAGUUCAGGAGGAAGCGUCCACCUCUGAGCACAGCUACAGCAGCGAAACUACUGAGAAAACGUCCAGUAGCGGUUCUUCACCCAGUGGAAGCAUAGCCGACGAUACUUCUAACGGUCCCGAAACUUCCGUUCGGGAUUACCUGUCCCGAGGAGAAGUCUGGUUGAAGUUAAUCUACGACCAUCGUAGAAACCGGCUCGUUGUGACUGUUCUUAAUGCAACGAAUCUCUCGUCCUCAGAGCCUAAGUCUAAGACAAACCCUUACGUGCAAUUAAAAAUGCUUCCUUCUCACUCUAAGAAAUCCAUUCGCAAGACGUGUCCAAUUGCUGGUAGUCUUAAUCCCAUCUUUAACGAGACUUUCGAAUACGUGAUCGGGCUUGAUCAGCUGGCUGAUAAGCAGCUACAUGUGGCGGUCAAAAACGAACGUUUUGUCCAGUUACCAGUGAAACGAAGAGACCUAAUCGGUCGUACUGCAGUAAAACUCUGUGAGCUGAGUUUGUCGACUGGCGUAACAAUGAACUGCGAAAUAACAAAAUAAUGACCCCGACUGGAAUCCAGUCCUCUCUUGUCUCCAAAGUGAUAAAGCAGGAAAACAGAAACACGAGGAACAUAAUUCAAGAAGUGCGCGGCACAUGGAUGACCUGCUCCUAAACGACCCGGAAAGACUGGGAACGUCUAAUAACAGAGGAAGGGGUGAGGCUUUAGCCGAAUGGCAGUCAAUUCCUGGUUCUGGCAGUAAAGUGCUUUCUUCUCUGUUUAUCCAUUCUUAAGAUGGUGGAAAGGGCCUGGAGUGUCUGUCCUAUGCUGAUUAAUUUUCUCUCAUGCAGGUCUUCACGCGCUGCCCUUGCAUUAAAAACUUUGCUGGAAACAGCAAUUCAUAUUCCGAUCCAACCGUAACUUCAUUGUAUUCAGUUCAAAAUGGGAAUUCUCCUUGCGAGUACAAGCAUUUCUUAUAGCAAAUGCUUUGAGAAUUUGGACACUGAUUAAAUGACCUCACUUGGGGAGGAGGCUUUGAAGGCUACCUUCACCAGUACAAGGCUUUUCGACGGUUAAAGGUUAAAUUUUCGAUUGUUAAACGGCUGAUUGUUAAUUUGGUUUUGUUAUUUGACAGAUUUGAAAGAAGACGGUUAAUUUUUAGGCCGUUUGACGCUUCACGUUUAAUCCCACUGCGACCUCUCAAAAUAAUCUUGGAGUCCUAAUACAAAGGCAAUUUUAUUCCAGGGACUGAAAAAAAAAUCAAGCUAUUAAAAUUCAAGUCUUCUCAGUUUAAUUAUCUUUUUUCGUACAAACACUCGAAACAUAGCUACAGCUAGAUUUGCUUAUUUUCCAACAAUACACACUUCUAGAUGUCAUACAAUAUAAAUAUCUCAUAUACAUUUUGUUUCAGCAAAAAACCUUGUAAUAACUGAUCAGUUAUCAUCCCUUAGAGGCUACAGUUAAGGCUCGUAGAGUUCUGUAAAGAAGCUAUUAAUAAAGUAAGAAAGUGUAAUUA